AGGGAACGCAAACAAUGGAAUGCAAUGGCAACACUGCUGCUACUGCUACUACUACCACACCACAUUCAAGUUUCACUUGCUCUCCAUUGACAUCUUCAUCUUCUUCUUCUCCACUGAUAUCUUCUUCUUCUCCUGCUACCUCUCCUAUGCCGCCGCCAGCUGUCGUUGUUAGCCCAUGCGCUGCCUGCAAGAUCCUUCGACGCCGAUGUGUGGAGAGGUGUGUUUUAGCUCCAUAUUUCCCUCCUUCGGAUCCUAUCAAGUUCAUUAUUGCCCAUAGAGUCUUUGGGGCCAGCAACAUAAUCAAGUUCUUGCAGGACCUUCCAGAAUCUCAGAGAGCAGAUGCAGUGAGCAGCAUGGUUUAUGAAGCCAAUGCCAGGCUUCGAGACCCGGUGUACGGCUGUGCCGGAGCAAUUUGCAAUCUUCAGAAACAAGUCACUGAGCUCCAAUCCCAACUAGCCAAGGCUCAAGCGGAGAUCAUCAACUUGCAAUGCCAGCAAGGCAAUUUGAUUGCCCUAAUCUGCAUGGACAUGAGUAGUACUACUGCUACCAACACACAGCAAUCUAAAGAAGCAGUAGUAGUACCCAUUUUGCAGCAGCAACCAUACUCGAAUUUGAAUAUCGAUACGAGUUGCUUUCUUGAUGAGAACAAUCUGGGCACUGCUUGGGACUGGGAACCUCUUUGGACGUGAUUAAACAGUGAACUGCUUUGGAUGAUCAAUGAUCAUCAGGAUGUAAUCUUUAUGUUUAAUUAGCCUCUAAACUGCUCCGAUACAACUGCGGAUGGACGGGAGAUCAAGUAAACAAAAAACAAAUUAACUACAAGGUAAAGAAAUAAUAAUGAUAUGAAGUGAUAUAUUGUACGUGUGUGAAAUCAGAUUUUGAUAUUUUAUGGGUAGAACUUCAGCUCAUAGUUGACUCUUGUAUGAUAUGAUAUAAAGCAAAAGCUCAUUAUUUACCUAAUUAC